GAAAAACAGAUAUCGCAGCGCGUAGACAAUGACGGGGCAGAGCAGAGCGGAGCAGAGCCGAGCCGAGAGCGCCAGCAGCAGUGGCACGGCUCUGCUCUGUCUGACUUUGAACCGCCGCCGCGGCUCAGGUGAGCUUCGUUUUUCAGUCGAGCUUGAUGUGCGCGAGCGAACGGUAAUGCGGGUUCGAAAUUUGGCGACUGUCGGAAUUUUUUUUUCGGACAUUCGACUUUUGGAGCUUUGAAUUUCGAAUUUUGAGUUUCGGUCGCGGCUCGCCGAGCACGAGAGCAAUGAUAAUUUAUAAUUUGCAUAAUUGUUGUUAUUAUUUGUGCGAGUAACAUAGAAAACAGCUGCAAAAGCAGCAAAAGCAGCAAAAGGAAAUCGGGAAUCGGGACUAGAAAAAGAAAGAAAAGAAAAGUGCCAAUAGGAAGACGAACAGAAAAAGAGGAAGUGUGUGGCCGUGUCGAAGUGAAAUGAAACCAAACUAAAUCAAAACAGCACCCAAUCAUGUAUUGCACCAAAGAUUGCUCCUGCAGCCUCUGUCGCGAGCUGCGGAACUACAAGAUAGGAUCCAAGAAGGCACCCCCGCCCCCCCUGCCACCGCCUACAGCGAACUCCACAUCCCUCCUGGGCAGGAUGCUGAACGAGAACUUCAUCCUGCGACGGCGGGGCAUUUCUCUCAAGAACUUUCAGCCGCAGUCGCUGCGGAACAGCGAAAUGUGUCAGCAGCAGCAGAAGCUGCCAAUGCCACGGCCCGGACAGACACCCUCGCCCACGCCCAUCGAGGAGCUUCCCGACUGGGUGGAGGACACGAGCAGGACGCGACCGGCCAACCACAAGGUGGUCAUCUACUUUGGGGACUCCAUCAAUCGCAAUCAACCGCAAGUGCAACUGCAACCGCAAACCCAAGCACAGAUCCAGCCGCCGUCUUCAGCUCCACUUCUAGCUCCAGCUGCAGCUGCAGCAGCCUCACCAUUGUUAUCGCCCAAAGAACUGCACUCGCAGCUGCUCCAAGAAAUGUCCCAGAAACUGAAGUCCAAUGACAAAGCGAUGGAGAAGGAGGAGGUGGAGAUGCAGAAGGUGGAGGAGGCCAGAGCCGUGGAGGAGGGGAUUGAUAGGGUGGAACGGGCAGAACGGGCGGAUGAUGAACUGCCGCCCUACAUUGAGAGCGUGCAGAAUGGCGUAAUUAAUAUCAGAAUUGAAGGCAAUUACCGGCGAGCCAGUGCUCUGGUGGAAACGGUGGCAAAGCCAACUCUGGCCGUGGUCGGUCCAACGAAAUCUGAUGCUACCACUGCUGUCACUGAUGCCACUGAUGAUGAUGAUGAUGAUGAUGAUGAUGACGGAGACGACAACGACCCUGGCCACGAUGCGGAGACGGACUCGUGCGACUGGAGCUACGUUCAGGAGUGGCGACGAGCAGCCAGACGACCCACUGGCAACUUGCCUCCCAGUUUCGGACAGCUCCCGGCGCCCAGUCAGAUUACUGGGCUGCCUCCCAUGCCUCCGCCUCUGCUGCAGCCAUCACAGCAGCAGCAGCAACAGCAGUCGACUCCACUGUCGCCCCAUGGACCACACAGCGGUCUGGCGGUGUCGAUGGCUGCGCCAGCACCUCGGGUGUUCAAAGAAUUAGCCCAGCACCCCAACAAGGGAGUGGGGCACAAGGUGGGGGUCCCGGGAAAUCUCGCCUUGAGCCAAGGCCAGAUUCCGCUUCCCAGCCAGAUGACUUCGCCCGUUAGAGCCACCAAGGCGCUGAUUCCCCAGCGAGCGGUGGCGGGUCCCGCUCGCCUGACCGUCCAGAGUACGCCCGUGAAAUCGCAGCCUCCGCAGCUGAGUGGGAGUCUCAGCCAGACCUCGCCCAGCCGACCCACACUGGGCAUACCCACCACGGCCACGAGCACGACCAGUGGGAAUCCCCCGCCAGCACGAACGCACCAGCACGAUCAAUUCCGGGCACUGCAGCGCGUACAGGAAUGCCACAGCUCCUCGGAUGAGAACCGGAGCUCGGGCCAUGCCAGCAUGUCGGACACGGGAGGCCACAGCUCCUCCCCGGCAGGAGGCAUGACCCUGGGACCUCUGCCCGAGGAUCGGCUGGCGGCGGGAGUGACCAAUAGAAGCACCCGAUCUCGACGACACCGGGGCAUACUGCCGGCGGGCAAGGCACCCUGGAGCGGGACAGGCCUGGAGGACAUAAAGCUGGCCAUGCUCACACUGCGCUCCCAGACGAGCAGCAGCACGUACAGCAGUCUGAGCGCCGGAUCGGAGAGCUCCGAGCCAGCCAGACGUCUGGGCCGUUACUCCUCCCUGGAGACGGUGAUCACUAGUACGAGUGCCGACGAGUUUGUGUGGGUGGACUCGCACAACCGCCUGGUAGAGCUGCAGCAUCCGCCGUGGAGCCAGCAGUGCAUCAUACGGGUGCUGAGGGGCGGCCGUUGUAAGCAGCAGGCGGAGCACAUGGCCGUGGAGGUCGUCUCCAGAUUGGGCUACCUGCUGCAGCGGGCUCUAGUUAGAAUUGCUAGGGAGAUCCAGCGCUUCUCGGCGGGAUUGGGAAUGUGCUCCAAGCAGGAGGUGGCCGGUGCCUUCCGGGUUGUGCUCUGCUCGACUCUGGCCGACUCCUGUACCAAGGCCUGCAUGCGUGCGGCGGCCAUGUUCGCCGUGCCGGGGGAGAGUGCGCUGAAGCAGAGCAAGUCCUCGCGAGCAGGCCUCCAGUUGUCCGUCGGUCGCUUCUAUCGCUGGAUGACCGACGCUCGACUCGGCAAGUUUAUACAUGAAUAUGCCGCAGUGUAUCUUUGUGCCGGCGUCGAGAAUCUCCUCGAGGAGAUCAUGCUGCAGUGUAGCAACGGCAGCACAGCGGCCGCCCUCGACCAGAGCAUAGCCAACUCGGGUGACGUUUGGGGUCUGCUGCAGCCCUUUGCCCAUCUAAAUGCGGGACGCAUUGCCUCCGGUGCUCUGACCAUGCCCUGCUGGGCCAGUGCCUCCUCCCUGGCUACCUGCGUGGGCAGCAUCCGGGAGCUCAAGGAGAAAGCCCUGCGCACACAGCAGGAGUUCCAGCUGGGCGCCGCCCUCUCUGGCUCCGCUCUGGCUGCGCUCUUUUACUUCAUGCGCUGCUCCCAGCUGGAGCACACGGAGCUGCUGGCCGCCUCCGGAUCGGGAUCCGGCCAAGCCGCCCCAGUGCCGCCCAAUAAUACUGGCAGCCAUCAUGUCCAGGAGCUGUGCUAUGAGCGCGCCUAUGUUGUCCUUCCCCCCCUGGCCGAAUGGUUGAGGGUCGCCUCGGCGCAUGCCGAGCAUCGCAGCGCUCUGAUGAUAGACAAGGAUGAUGUGAUGCAGGCGGCCCGGCUCCUGCUCCCGGGAGUCGACUGUCCUAUCCGUCCCGUGGCCCACGAUGAGGAGCUGCCCACCAAGAAGACUCAUUUCAAUGCGGGCUCCAGUAGCUCAACGGGAACGGGCACAGGUAACAGCAGCUCCAGUUCGCCGGUGGUUAGUGGAAUUGGUAUCGGGAUUGGCGAGGAUACCUCAGAGCUGGGCAGGCGCGCCACCAUUGGAGUGGCCUUUAAGCUGCUUCUGACUGGCCGCGCCGAGCUACUGGCUCAGGCUGCCCAACUGCUGCCGCCCACAACCCGCUACGACACCCAGAACAGCGCUGGCCUGACAGCCCUGAUGGUUGCCAGCAUCCGCAACGAUGAGGUGGCUCUGCACGCGCUCUUGGACGCCGGCUGCGAUCCCAAUGUGGAGGUGCCGCCCGCCGGCAGCUCUGGCCAUCCGGCCAUCCUGCCGGACACGCAGCACUGGACAGCCCUGAGCUUCGCCGCCAGUCGCGCCAACUACGUGGCUCUGAGGAUUCUGCUAGAGCGGGGCGGCAAGGUUGAGGGCGGAGCUCGCAGUAGCGAGGAAAAGUGUACCUUGACGCCGCUGCAGUUGGCCGCGGGCACGGGCAACCUAGAGAUCGUGGCCCUCCUGCUGGCACAUGGAGCGAACGCCUUCCUCUCCACCCAGCAGAAGGACUCCCUCUGCUUUGCGGGAUCGGCGCAGAAGGGUUGCUUCUGUGCUAUCUCCGUUGCCGCCGCCCACGGGCAUCGGUCGUGCCUGCGCAAGCUGCUCACCCAUCCCGUGUUGCCUGGCACUCGGGAUGUCCUCUCACUGGAGGAAAUGCUGGCAGAGGGCGAUGUGGCUGGAGUAAGAGGGGUUCCAGGCAAUGUCCCGACCAAUGCCAAUAGCGAGGACAUUCUACCGUUGCUGAACAAGACGCAGAUUAAGCGACUCCAGGAGGCCAUGUACCACAGUGCCGAGAACAACCAUUUGGACAUAACCAUUGAACUGCGCAAACUGGGGGUGCCUUGGACUCUCCACUGCUGGAUGCAUGCCCUGUCGGCGGCGCACGAGCUGCGGCUGGAUGCUGUUAUCGACCAACUGCUGCAGGACUUCCUCCAGGUUUGCCCGGACGACUACAGCGCUCAGUUCGUGAGCGAGUGUCUGCCGCUGCUUUUCAACAUAUUCCGGAACAAGAACGAGGGCACCACCCUGCUGCUGGCUGACAUAUUUGCCACCUGCUUUGGCUGGGAGACGCUGCAGCCGGUAAAGGAGCAGCCACAGAUGCAGCCAGUCCAGGGCUCUCGCAUAGAUCCCAAGUUCGUGAACAACCCGGAACUGAGCGAUGUCACAUUUAGAGUUGAGGGCAAGAUCUUCUAUGGGCACAAGAUCGUCCUGGUCACAGCCUCGCCGCGCUUCCAAAGCAUGCUUAGCUCCAAGUUGAGCGAUGCCAGUUCCACGCCCACGGUCCAGAUCAACGAUAUACGCUAUCACAUCUUCCAACUGGUCAUGCAGUUCCUGUACAGCGGCGGAUGCGGCUCUCUAGAUGUGGCCCAUGGAGAUGUCCUCGAGCUAAUGGCUGCAGCCAGCUUCUUCCAGCUAGAGGGUCUGCUCCGAUAUACAGAGGCUCGCUGCUCCGAAAUGGUCGAUGUGGACAAUGUGGUGGCCAUGUACAUACAUGCCAAGGUCUACAAUGCCCAUCGUCUGCUGGAGUACUGCCAGUGCUUCCUGCUUCAGAAUAUGGUGGCUCUGCUCACCUACGAUGACUCGGUGAAGCGUCUACUGUUCGCCAAGAAGAUACCCAAUCAUGACGUCCUCGCCGGCCUUUUGCAGACCCUGCAGACCCGCCUUAAGACGCGCAAGCCCAAUUCUGGCGGCGGCCUGGUCCACUCCUAUCGAUCGCCGCCGGCCACGCCCGUCAAGAAGUAACCCUCUCCCCAUAACAGAAUCCAAUUCGUAUUUAUUACAUUAUUUUUUUUAAUUGAAUCUUUGAGCUUUUAUGUAUUAUAAUAAUUUCCCAGCCGGAUACCGAUCCCCUUCUUCAAGACUCUACCUUAGUUGUACUUUUUUUUUAUUUUUUUUUUUGUAUUCUCAAUUUGUUCAGCGCACUGUUAACUUAUACGAACCCCAGGAUCGUCAAGAAGCCGAUCCUCUAGCUAUUAUUUUGUAGUUGAAAUUGUUUCUGCAUUAAAUGAAGAACGUAACCUUUUUUUUA